GCGUCGGCGCCGCGUCGUCCGAUGCCAUGGACACCGUUGCGGACAGGAUUAACGCCGGGCGAAAAUAAUUCUUCUCCCCGCUUGAUAUCCCUGCGAACUUCGACCUGUUUUCCUGAGGCGGUAAAUCUCCGGGGGAGAAUUGGCCGGACGGGAUCACCCCGAUAGAUGUACUCGUCCGAGGGGUAGCCGAGGAAGCCGCCGUUACGUUCCACGUCGGCGUACGAAAUUCUCUGCAACGAGGAAAUGUCGCAGGACGACGACGUUGGAUUCCUGUACAAAACGAUGCUUGAAAGAGAUCCCAAAAAGAGAAGGGUGAAGCCGGUGGAAUCAGCGCACCAGUCCCUGCUCGACUUUGAUCUUGGUGAGAGCUCGGAUGAUAGUGAUUUUAGGAUUGAAGACCAUUGUGAAGAGUCGGACGACGAUUCUGUAGAUUCUAACGAUGCGAAAGAAGUAUCUGAAGAAUCUGAUGAUUCGUUGGGAGAUCCAUUAUUGAGAGGAAAAGACGGCACUGGUUUAACAGUAGGAGAUGUGAUCGAACAAGCUCGCCAGCAAGCUCUAAAGGGUGCUCCUCUUGAUGAUAAACUAAGUAAAGUAUUAAUUUGCUGUGGUUGCUUAGGAGACAGGAGUGACGAUAUAAACGAGAUUGUCGAAUGCGAUGGAUGUGGAGUCAGUGUUCACGAAGGUUGUUACGGCGUAUCUGACGUAGAAAGUUUCUCCAGCACUGAUUCCUUAUGCCAAUCGGCACCAUGGUUCUGCGAAGCUUGCAGCGCAGGAAUUGAAGAUCCAUCGUGCGAGCUCUGUCCUAACAAGGGUGGAAUUUUCAAAGAGACAGACGUCGGAAAAUGGGUUCAUCUAGUAUGUGCUCUUUAUGUACCCGGUGUUGCUUUCGGUGAAGUAGAUCGUUUAUCGAGCGUAACACUGUUCGAAAUGGCGUAUAGUAAGUGGGGCGCGAAAACAUGUUCUUUAUGUGAGGAUUCGUGUUACGCGCGCACAGGCGUAUGUAUUGAAUGUGAUGCCGGGAUGUGCCAUACGUAUUUUCACGUAACCUGUGCGCAAAGAGAGGGUUUACUGUCUGAAGCACACAGUGAGGAAGUCGAUCAAGCUGAUCCAUUCUAUGCACAUUGCAAAUUGCACUCCGAUAAAUCUCUCGUUCGUAGACGUAGACGUAAUUGGCUAGCUUUACAAAUGCGUGCGCAGUACCGGCAACAGAUGUUGAAGCAACCUAAUCACUUAGAUACAGACGAGCAACGUAGGAUUCAAAGGAAAUUGGCCAAGCACAGACACAAAUAUUUAGCUCACAAGGCAUCGCGUCCGCCACCAUGGGUACCGACACAAAAAAUGCCACGUUUAUUAACUACAUCUGCUUCCGCCUGCCGUCAAUUGGCAAGAAAGGCUGAAUUAAUGGGCGUAGAUACAGCUGCACUAGAAGCACAAGAAUCUCAGCUGGUGGCAUUAGUCGAUGUUAGAAAAAAAUGGCAUAUUGCUCCCGCUUUUAGUGUAGAAUUUAUCGGCUAUUACUUGGAUCGCAAUUUACGCGUGACGUCAAUGAAGAGGCGGUUGCAAGAACUUCUCGAUAUCAACUCGCAGUUAUUGAACGAACAACAGAGAUUGGAUAGAAAGUACGACGAAGUGAUGAAGGAUAAUGAAGAGCAGAUUAGAGUAAACGUGACGUUGAAAGAAAAGAUCGAGUUGUAUCAUCAAGUACUUAAAAGCGCUGGUUUCGUGAAGCCUUUGCCGUCGAUUGGUGAUCUAGUGAAGCCAAGAAUAGCACCCACACUUGGUACAGGAUUAGGCGUGCCUACCGCAGCCGCAUUGAAAAUGGGUGUCGGAUUUCCACUCCCCGUGGGCAAAGGCGCCGAAGGUAUACGCGAGGGUAGAGUGUUAAGUAGCCAGGCGCAAGAACAAAAUCACAAAAGCGAGCUGACGACCUUACGGCAUCAAUGCGGCAUCUGCAGACGCUCGACUAAUCAACAUCUUCUCGCUAAAUGCGACACAUGCCAUUUGCACUAUCAUCUAUCUUGUUUGAGUCCGCCUUUGGCGCGAAUGCCGAAGAAAACAAGACAAAUGGGAUGGCAAUGUUCUGAAUGCGACAAAGAAUCCUCGGGAUCAGAAGUGGAACGUGUGGACACAUCGGCACCACGUAAAUUAAGACAUUGUAAAGAUGAGGCUAACUCAACACCUACACCGCCACAGGAAGUGCAAGUAGCUAUGACACCAAGUACGCCUACUACAUCAAAAAAUUCCACCAGUAAUGUAACAAACGUUACUACUCCCGAUAUACAUACGACACCAAAACUAACUAUUAAACCAAUGGGACCACAACCGUUAAUCGUAGAACCGACGCAAGUAUCUGAGUCGGUGUACAAUCAACAAUCUAUUAAUAAUAUCACCAUAAGAGAAGGUUCACCAGAAUAUAUGGUAGCUUCAGCAGAUGGAACGGAAGUGGUCUCACAAAGAAGUGGGAAAAAAAGAAGAAGAGAAAAGCAUAAGAGAUAUUCUCCGGAUCCGAUAACUGGAAUCAAACAGAGAAAAAGAAAGCAUAAACGAAAAAGUUUAGAUAUAGAAAAUCCAGAGAUUCAAAGCCAACCAGAGAUUCAUAGAAGGAUUACAAUAAAAAUAAAACCAAUUCGUCGACCGGAGGGACAUACAGAUUCGGAAUCGAGUCCGCAAAUGUUUGUGGCCACUUCGAGCACUGAAAUUACAUUGCCACCGCCACCUGUGCCACCUCCGGCUGCAAACGUGCCCCCAGUAAAUGUAUCCGUGAAUAGUAGUGGUCGACUGUCGACGGGAACGAAGAGAGGAAAAGAUACGGACCUUAUUACACAGUGUAACGUCUGUGAUACUUCCGGCACCAACCAAAAUCUCGUUAUGUGUGACGAAUGUAAGAAAUGCUAUCACUUUACAUGCUUAGAUCCUCCUGUGAAAAAGUCUCCGAAAAGGAGAGGCUAUUCGUGGCACUGUGCCGACUGCGACCCUAGUGCCUCUGAAACUGAGACUUAAUAUCAACAAUUUUCUAUCUGCAGCUCCAAUUCUACGUUUAUAUAAAUAAGGCAUUCAAUGUUAUUCUGUUUUUUUGUAAGACACGAAAACAUAGAACAGACAUACUUUUCUGUAAUUUAAAGAAAAACGAAUUCUAUGAAAAUCUACAAGUUCCACUUAAAACUGGUUUAUUUGAAUCUUAGCAUAGUUCGCGCUACUUAUUUCUCAUUAUUUCUUUUACUGAUUUUUUCGUAAUGCUUUGUAGUUUUAUAUAACAAUUCUACGAAAAAGAGAUAUUGAAAUUAUAUAGCUAGAAGAAAAGGAAUAUACAAAAGAAUAUUUUCGCAUGAGACAAGAAUGAUACUAUUUUAAAUGCGAAAUUAGAAAAUCAGAAAUGAAAAAUUCAUCGUAUCAAUUAUUUUAAAAAGCAUUUAAAUAUAAUUAGUAAUUUUUGAUUCUUGCAACAGUCACUGCGUCAAUAUUACAUUUUGUACAUUCUAAGUUAAACUUACUAUUGUAGUAAAUAAAAAUUUAAUGUUCAUUAUCUACUUCUGAAAGAAAUUGUCAUAGGUUUACAAAAGAACAGCGUUGGAGUCAGAAGCAGCGCUGUAGAUUAUGUAAUAUUACUCUGAAAUAAUAUGCCAUCUUUCUUUCUGCCUAAUAUAAA